AUGAGGAGCACUUCGGAACAAGAAGCAAAGUCACCAAAAAAACAGAGGAAUAUAGUAUUUAAACAAUUCGAUAAACAAGUAGAAGAGAAGCUGACGGAAAUGGCAACUCAUAAACUCAUCUGUGGAUUGAAUAAUGUGCAACUGGUGAGAUUUAGUACAGAUUUAGGUUUAUUGUUUUUAAAAUCAAAUGCAAUCAACAGCGCAAACUUUCAUCUUUCCGACGCAUUGAAACACCUUACACAAUUAAUAGCUGAAUUUGGUUAUGAAGAGUUGUGUCAAAAAGACCAUACCAAAGAUAGCAAGACAAUUUUUGGCCCAAUUACGUAUUCGUCAGAACAAUUAUCUCCCAUAAAACCAGAAAGGUUCUCUCUUGACAAGAAGGUAAAAGAAUUUACUGAGGGAUGUAAAAACUUGAGCCUUGUUAUUAUGAAUGGUCUCGCCAUGACUCAGUUCAAGCUUGGAAAUUUCGAAACAUCAGAAAUUAUUUUGCAAAAAUUACUUCCACGCCUCCAAGAACAACGCACAGUGUUUGAUUGCAGGUUUGUGACAAAUGUAAUGUUGUGCCUUAAUUAUCUCAAGACCGACCAGUCUUCCUUCUUUGAUGAGCGACUGAGAGAAACUGAAAGAGAACUAAACUCCGUUGCUCUUCCAAUAUUUGAGACUAGAGUCAGUUCUGAAAAGAAAAAAGAUAGUAUUGUAUUUGAAAAUCAAGAACAAUCUCAAAUCAAACAAUAUCGAAACAAGUAUUGA